CUCAUCUCACCGGAAAAACUCUCUCCGGUUCCUUUUACCUCACGCCACUUCAUCUUCUCACCCAUUAAUAGGAAGAAAUAUAUCAUCACAUAUUUAUUACCAUUAAUCGAAGUCAUUUUUUAUUUUUAUAUUACUUAGUAUAAUUACACUUUGCCCCUUCCAUUCACACUUCAUAUUUUUAUUUUCUUUGUAUAUAUAUUUAUUUAUUUACUUCUAAUCUUCUUCCUAGACGUAACCGUUUUUAUCCAUCGCUGAACUCAUGCGAAUUCCGCUUGGAUAAUUUCCCGCCUCAGUUCCAUGCUUCGGGUGGUGAUCGCCACCGCCUUCCUCCGCCGCCACGUCACCGCCGUCGAAUUCAACGAUUUGGCAGUUAGUCCCCGGUGCUAAUACAAAUUUUCCACAUGCAUCCUUUCUGCUGCGUCUCCGCCAUUUCCGACCAGGCCUCCCCAGUCAAACCCUCGUCCACUCAUUUCUCCGACUUCGCCGUGCCUCCGCUUCCCACCGCCGCCAUUAGAUCCGUUUCGAUUCCCCGGCACAUGAACAACCACAACCACAACCACAUCCGCAAUCAGAGUCACAGCAGCAAUCACUCCAUCAGCAACAGCGAGCACGGACGCGUGAGUCAGCGGGAGCAGCCGGUGGUGGUGGACGUCAAGAUAAAUGACCUCGUCGGCAAUGGAAUCUCCGGUAUACUCUACAAGUGGGUCAAUUACGGGAAAGGAUGGAGGCCUCGAUGGUUCGUCCUUCAGGACGGCGUGCUCUCCUACUUCAAGAUUCACGGACCUGAUAAGAUCACCGUCAAUCACGAAACCGAGAAAGGCUCCAAGGUUAUCGGCGACGAAUCCAUGCGGAGGAUUGCUCGCAACCGCAACUCUUAUCCCUAUCAACACCGACGAAAGCCCUUUGGAGAAAUCCAUCUCAAGGUUUCAACGAUUCGCGAGAGCAAAUCCGAUGACAAGCGAUUUUCCGUUUUCACUGGAACGAAGAGACUCCACUUGAGAGCCGAGACACGUGAAGAUCGAGUGGCAUGGAUGGAGGCAUUGCAGGCAGUGAAAGACAUGUUCCCCCGGAUGUCCAAUAGUGAGUUGAUGGCUCCGGUGGACAAUGUAACCAUUUCAACUGAGAAACUGAGACUUCGACUUGUGCAAGAAGGAGUAAGCGAAGCAGCCAUCCAGGACAGUGAGCAAAUUAUGAGAAGUGAGUUUGCAGCGCUACAAAACCAUCUUGUUCUGCUUAAGCAGAAGCAGUCGAUCCUAGUCGACACGUUACGGCAAUUAGAGACAGAAAAGGUUGAUCUGGAGAAUACAGUUGUUGAUGAGAGCCAAAGGCAGUGGAACGAUCAAGAGGCUUCUUUUAGAUUAACGCAAGAAAAAUUUAGCGAUUUUCCUAUUUUUAAUUCAGAAGGCAGUGCAAGUGAAUCUGAGGAUGAUAAUGAGAGAAAUGAUGCUGCAGAGGAAGAAACAGAUGAUGAUGACAAUGCCUUUUUUGAUACUCGAGAUUUUCUGUCAUCCAGUUCUUUUAAAAGUAACGGGUCUGACUAUAGAGUAUCAUCUCUCUCUUCAGAUAAUGAUGGGCUCUGUGCAUUUGAAUCAGAGGAGGAUGUUGAUCCUUCAAUUAGAUAUGUUGGAGCCAACUACCCUCUUGUUAAGCGGCGUAAGAAAUUGCCAGACCCUGCAGAAAAAGAGAAAGGUGUUAGUCUUUGGUCAAUGAUUAAGGAUAAUAUAGGGAAGGAUUUAACAAAAGUUUGCCUUCCUGUUUAUUUUAAUGAGCCUCUCUCCUCGCUGCAAAAAUGUUUUGAAGAAAUGGAGUAUUCAUAUCUGCUUGACCAAGCAUAUGAAUGGGGAAGAAGGGGCAAUAGCCUCAUGAGGAUUCUCUAUGUCGCUGCUUUUGCUGUAUCUGGCUAUGCUUCAACUGAAGGAAGAAUUUGCAAACCAUUUAAUCCAUUACUUGGGGAAACGUAUGAGGCAAACAAUCCAGACAAAGGCCUUCGUUUUUUCUCAGAGAAGGUCAGUCAUCACCCUAUGAUAGUUGCAUGUCACUGUGAGGGUACAGGUUGGAAAUUUUGGGGGGAUAGCAACUUAAAGAGCAAAUUUUGGGGCCGAUCAAUUCAACUUGACCCUAUCGGUAUUUUGACUUUGGAAUUUGAUGAUGGGGAAGUUUUCCAGUGGAGCAAGGUUACUACAUCAAUAUACAAUCUAAUAUUGGGAAAGCUAUACUGUGAUCACUACGGUACAAUGCGUAUACAGGGAAACCGAGAGUACUCGUGUAAAUUGAAAUUCAAGGAACAAUCUAUUAUUGAUCGAAAUCCUCACCAGGUUCAUGGUAUCAUUCAAGACAGGAAUGGAAAAACAGCAUCAACUUUGUUUGGAAAAUGGGAUGAAAGCAUGCAUUAUGUUAAUGGAGACUACACUGGGAAGGGGAAAAGUCAGGAAUCUUUGUCGGAAGCCCAUUUACUCUGGAAGAGAAGCAAGCCUCCCAAGUUUCCCACUAGAUACAACUUCACUCGCUUUGCCAUCACAUUAAAUGAACUAACACCUGGAUUGAAGGAGAAGUUGCCACCUACAGAUUCCAGGUUAAGACCAGACCAAAGGUAUUUGGAAAAUGGGGAGUACGAAAUGGCAAAUUCAGAAAAGUUACGGCUAGAGCAGCGGCAACGCCAGGCUCGGAAGAUGCAAGAGCGGGGUUGGAAACCACGGUGGUUUGCUAAGGAUAAAGGGAGCGAGACAUACCGCUAUAUAGGAGGGUAUUGGGAGGCUCAAGAACAAGGAAAGUGGGACUCCUGUCCUGACAUCUUUGGCCAAAUUCCUUCGGAUCAUCUUUCUGACGAAGGCCAAGUUACAUUUUAGUUUUUCAAAUUUUUUUCCUCCAAAUUUUUUCCUGAUGGGUGUCCAAUGACUGCUAGUUCGUAGUUAAUGGUACAUCCAUGAAAUUCAUGUUAGUCAAUCAGAUGAAAAUAU